ACUUCCGCCCGAUGAUCACGUCGAUUGCACGCGCCGUCAUGUCCUUUGACGGAGAUCGCGAGCGUUGCGGGGCCGCCGCGCGCCCACGGACCGAGCCGGUAUGCUGGCGCUCGGGUGCAGGUGUUCGCGGACACGGGCGCUGCUGAGGGAGGGCCCCGGGGUGCGGUUCUCGGUCGGAGAAGCCGCCCAAGCGCCCGGCGACGACGACCGGCUGCCCGUCAUUCGCAUUCCUCAGAGGAUGCGGCUGCAGGAGAAGUUGGGACGGCCAGGGAGCGAGGCAACGGCGGUCAGGCUGGCUAGGCCCGGGCGCCUGCUCAUUGUGGGCAAGCGGCCUCAGCUGAACCAGCACGCCGGCCACACCUUCGGCAAGUUCGACCAGGUGCCCCUGGUCUCCAAGGGCUGGAAGCACAGGAAAGCGGCCGGGGAUUAUUUUGUCAUCAACAACACCCGCACCCAGCCGCCCGUCCUGCCGGAGGAGGAGGCGGCCGAGGUCAGGGGAAAGGUGCGGAGCUUCAGUUCGCUAGGGCUGUGUCAGGAGCUUUUGGACGCCCUGAGCACGAUGGGCAUCUCCCGCCCCACCAUGGUGCAGGCUCAUACUAUUGCGGCCCUGAUGAGAAGGAAUAACGUGCUGUGUGCCGCCGAAACCGGCAGCGGCAAGACUCUGAGCUACCUGCUGCCUUUAAUGCACACCUUAAUCUCCGACAGGGCCGAGACUGAGGCCGACUGUGACGGGCCGCGUGGACUGGUGCUCGUCCCGUCCCGGGAGCUGGCCGACCAGGUUCUGGAAGUGGCUCGAUCACUGGCGAACAACCUGAACCUCAACGUGCACACGAUUGGGGGAGGCCGUGGGAUUGGCAGCGUGAAACUGAUCUUAUCCCAGGGACCGAUCGACCUCCUGAUAUCCACACCUGGAAUCCUGUGGAAGGCCUUGAAAAGAGACCUUGUCAGCCUUUUUGACUUGACCUACCUCGUACUGGAUGAGGCGGACACUCUGUUUGAUGAAAGCUUUGUGGGUUUACUGGAGGACAUACUCCACCAGACUCAAAUUGCUUCAAAUGUCUCAGAAACGCAUGGGGUGGAAAGAAAAGCUCAGUUGGUGGUGACUGGGGCGACAUUCCCAGGUGGUGUGGGGAAACUUCUCAGCAAAGUCACUGAUUUGGGCAGCAUUGCCACCAUAAAGAGCAAGGGGCUUCAUUACCUUAUGCCACAUGUGAGGCAGAAAUUUAUGAAGGUGAAGCGGACUGAUAAACUGUCUGACUUCCUACAAAUGUUGAAGGAGCUGAUUGCAGAAAAGCCUGGCAUUGGAAUUCUUGUGUUUUGCAACAGUGCAGCAACAGUUAAUUGGCUUGGUUAUGUUUUGGAGGACCAUGCUAUCAAACAUGCCCGGCUGCAGGGAAAUAUGCAGGCUGAAAAGCGAAGUGGCAUCUUUAGUACUUUUCAGCAGGGUCUGAUAGAUGUACUGCUUUGCACAGACAUUGCAUCCAGGGGAUUGGACACUCAGAGGGUGGAAAUUGUAAUUAAUUAUGAUUUCCCACCAACGCUGUGUGAUUAUAUCCAUCGAGCUGGGCGGGUGGGACGUGUUGGGAGCAAGGUUUUAGGUACUGUCAUUAGUUUUGUUACACAUCCCUGGGACGUUGAACUGGUGCAGAAAAUUGAAACGUCAGCACGCCAGAAAGUGAUGCUCCCUGGUUUGGAAUCAAAAAUCAGCAAAUCUGAGAGUAAAAAUGUACCAGAUUUAUGAAAAUUAAGGUCUUUACACUGACAGAUUCAAGUGAUGACUGUACCAAUGUUUGUAAGUUUGGUUUUUUGAAGUAUGCUGCUUAAGUUGUUUAUAAAAAUAAACUGUAAUUCUUGAAGGAGUUGAGGCAGUGCUUCACUUCAGAAAGUAAGAAAACAUACUCUUUAAGAGCAUAAGUCAUGUCCUGAAGGUGCAAUGCUUUUAAAUAAGAUGUUAAUGAUUGGAGUCGGGGUGGGGGUGGGGUGGUGUUGAUACUGCCCUGUCAGUUGAGGCAUAAUCGGAUCCAUAACAAUUUUAAAGAUGAUCAGAGACGUCUGCAGGUAUCCUGAUCAAUAUUGCCUUCCAGUAUUGUCAUUAUCACAUUGCCUUUUGAGUUAGUUUGUUGUGCAUAAAUUGGUUAUAAAAUAUUUCGUGAAAUAUUAAAGCAAAAAAAGCUACUGUUUAAACAACUGUAUUUUUUUCUCAAUACUCGGUCAGAUUAGUAUCUUGGUACCGGGGUCAAUGACCAGUGAACAAGUCGGUCAGAGGCAGAACCUGGAUUCUGCAUUCUGUUUCCAAUACCUCACUAUUGGAAACGUCCUCUCAGUCACCACUCUAUUUAGGCCUUUUAAUAUUUGAUAUGUUUCAAUUCUUUCCAGACUCCAACAAGUACAGGCCUAGAGCCAUCAAAUGCUCCUCAUAUGUUAACCCUUUCAUUCCCGACGUUCUUCUAGUGAACCUCCUCUGGAUCCUCUCCGGACACCAGCACAUUCUUUCUUAGAUUAGGGGCACAAAACUGCUCACAAUACUCCAUAUGCGGUCUGACCAACGCCUUAUAAAGCCUCAGCAUUACAUCCUUGCUUUUAUAUUCUAGGCUCAACCUGCGAGUUAACCUUUAGGGAAUCCUCUACCUGGACUCCAUUGACCCUUUGCACCUCUGAUUUCUGAAAUUGAUCCUCAUUCAGAAAAUAGUCUACAACUUAAUUCUUCCCUCAAAGUACAUGACUGUACAUUUCCCUACGUAAUCUAUAAGCAGCCCUGCAUUAUCAGAAGCCUUUUUAAUAGGCCCAUUAAUUUUCUUUGGAGCUUUAUUAUUUGCACCCAAGUAUUAAGCAUUCCUGUUAAUUUUAAAGAUUGAGGUUAGCUUAAUUUGUCACAUGUACAUUGAAACAUAUACAAUACAAGCUCCUUACAGAUAGUGGCAGGAAUUGAACCCAGGUCAGUGAUUGUUGGCACUGUAAGUGUAAUAACUGCUACACUACUGCGUUGAUGUUUAACAAUCUGCCAACAUUAGCUAUUGCUUAUUACAUAAUUACUUUUUUUGUACUUCAGUCCUGGUACAGCUGCAUUUCAUUUAUUAAGCAUUUUUAUAAGUAAUUUUUUAAUUGCAGAAGCUGGUGUUUUGGAAUAACUGUGAAAGCUUUUAUCAUCUGCCCCAUUGUGGCUUGAUGUAAAAUGUUAAUAAAGCUCCAGCCAGGUGCUUGUUUUGCCAUGUUUAAAAACCUGCUAUAAAAGCCAGUUGUAUUUGGCUAUGUUUGAGUUAAAGAGGAAUUACAGAGUCUAAAAAAUCAACUGUAUUUACAUUUAUAAACCAUAACAAUUUUGUGUGGUACAUUAAAAUGUAGAAUUUGCC